AUGAAGCUUGAAUCACACCUCACUCAGUUGUUCAUCAACAACGAAUAUGUCGACUGUCUUAACUCCAAAAGGCUCUCCGUCCAUAACCCGGCGACCAAGGAGCUAGUUAGCGACGAGAUACCUGUUGCCGGACCAGCAGACGUCGACCGCGCCGUCCAGGCAGCUCAAGAUGCAUUUGCACCGAAUUCUCCAUGGCGCUCAAUCAAUGACUUCGACCGGCAGAAGAUGUUGCUCAAGUUUGCGGAUCUUAUUGAAGCAAACCAGGAGUACCUGGCGUCGCUGACACGCGCUACCCUCGGUGCCCCCUACCUCCCCUUCGGCAAAUCGGAGAUCGACACCGCGAUAGGAUGCUUCCGAUAUUAUGCGGGGUGGGCUGGCAAAUUCGCGGGGCAGAGCUUCCCAAGUACAGAUGGAUUCUUCAAGGUUGUUCGAAAUGAACCGUUGGGUGUCGUUGCAGGAAUUAUUCCGUGGAAUGGACCUCUUGCAUCUAUCGGUCUCAAAGCCGCCCCUGCUCUGGCAACUGGGAAUGUUUUUAUUCUCAAGUCAAGCGAAAAGACCCCACUCGCCGCUGCCGCGCUUGGAAAAUUAAUUGUGGAUGCAGGUUUCCCGCCUGGUGUCUUUCAGGUCUUGAGCGGCGACGGAAGCACAGGUGCGAUCCUUGCAAGUCAUAUGAAGAUUGCAAAAGUCAGCUUCACCGGAAGUCUUGCGACGGGAAAGUCUGUACAGAUUGCAGCCGCCAAGAGCAACUUGAAAAGAGUGACCUUGGAACUGGGUGGGAAGAGCCCGGCGGUGGUGUUUGAUGAUGCUGAUCUGGACAAUGCUGUCAAGUGGUGUGUGAAUGCCAUCGUAAACAACACGGGCCAAAUUUGCUUUGCUGCAUCCCGUGUUUAUGUUCAAGAAGGUAUCUACGACAAAUUUCUCGCUGCUUAUCGAGAAGCAUUCACUGCGAAGCAAGCGCUCGUUGGAGACCCAGAGAAGGACUCGUCUGAAAUUGGCCCCGUCGUGGACCAAAGUCAGUAUGAUCGCAUUGUGGGUAUAAUCGAUAGGGCAAAGGGAGAGAAACAGGGAACUCUUCUUCAAGGAGGGAAGCAGGGUCAAACUGCGGGUUACUACAUUGAGCCCGCGAUCUUCACGGACACUGCUCGUGACGCUUCUAUUACCUGCGAUGAGAUAUUCGGACCAGUUGUUGUCCUGAACCGAUUCAAAACUGAAAGCGAGGUUGUCGAGCUAUCCAACGACUCUCAGUACGGGUUGAUGGCGGGUGUUUUCACGCAGGAUAUCAACCGUGCAUUACGACUGAGCGAGGCGUUUGACUCGGGCGUCGUCGGAGUCAACUGUAUUAGCACUAUUCACUUCUCGUGUCCAUUUGGAGGAACCAAGGAAAGUGGAAUCGGCCGCGAACUUGGCAUUCACGCCUUGCAUGCGUACACGGAGCCGAAAACGGUCUUGAUGAACAUGUCUUACUAG